GACAGAUACAAAGAAAGAGACACAGAGACAGACAGACAGAGAGAGACAGAGACACACAGACAGAAUGCAUACAAAUGUUUUAAUAUGGAAGAACAAUUUCCUACUGAGGUGUUUCUGAACUAUUUAAUAAUGUUCUUAAUAAACCUAAAUUAAAUGAUAAAACCAUAUCAGAAUGCAUCACUCGCAUCAGUAAUAUCGAACAUAUAAAUAUAUAAGAAUAUAUAUUAGUGAUUUUUCCUCUGUGCUGAUCAACGUUGGACUGACAUGGACGUUCUUUUUCAGUCCGGAGUCCGGAGCCUUGAAAGCCUGGAUGAUGAGGAUGUCCUUCAAUAUCACUGCCAGAGUCCUUGCUGUUUAUAUAGUAUAACAUUGGCAUCUCAUUGGGAAUUUCGACACUCAACGGAUUGCAGGACGUCGUUGUACGUGGAUAAUAAAACGAAACCUAAAUAUCUUUACUUCUUGGUUCCAAGUUAUGAAAACAACUGUGUCCACAUGGAAGGCUUUUUUCGUGCAUCUUCUAAUGCUUAGGUCUACUCUGUCUUAUAUUAACCGAUUUCCGUUUAACAUUAUAAUUCUUUCAUAAAAAUUAAUAACAUAUUUUCUACAAACCAAACCAUUGAUAGAGAUAUGUACUUGAAUUAUUAGAUUUGUAGGAUCAUACGAGUGGAAACAAGAGUUACCGGAUAUAUUAAUGGCAUGAUUCUAAUCAGGGAUAUUCUGGAUAAAUAUCAAUUGAUUUAUUGAGCAAUUUAAUUUUAAUCUGGGACGUCCCACUAACGGCUGUUGUUAGGAGACCUCUAUACACAUAUAUCUGCGUAUCUAUAUAAAUGUUUCAAAGAAGAAGUAAUGUGUCCUACCAUUAAUUAAACAAGGGCAAUCAUAUGACCAAUGAACUGAACAACAUAGUUGUUUCAAACCUCGUUCACCUUCCAGCAAUGUGUGUGAGGAUGAUAAAGAAAUGCAUAGUCCUAUUGCUACCCUGUAGAACAGUAAUACUAUGUUCUCUUGUAGCUUGUGUUUAUAUAUUCUCUAUUAUUCUUGUAUAUCAAACUUCCGUACACAACUGGCGGUCAAAGACACGAAUUCAAAUAUUCGAUCUCAAACAGAGAAUUCUUUUCAUAAAUGGCACAACAUCAAACUUGACGUUUAGUACCACUACAGUUUCAACCAUACAAACAGACCAGAAAAUCAGACACUUAUUUGAUAACAGAUUAACAGCUGUCGGUUAUAAGUCGACAAAACGUCAUCCAUAUUUACGUAACUUGCUCAUAUCAAGCAUAGAUGUUUGUAGAGAAAAAUCGGUGGACUUGUUAAUAUAUUUCUUCAGUGCUUGGACCAAUUGUGAAAAACGGAGAUUACUACGAGAAACUUGGGCCAGUGUAAAUACGUUUCACAAUUUGACCAUCAGGACCGUCUUCUUUUUGGGAAAGCCAAACUCUGCAAGUGAUCAGAAAAAGAUUCGAAUAGAGGCAGCGGCAUACGGUGAUAUAGUCCAAGGAGAUUUUAUAGACAGUUUUAAAAAUAAGUCAAUGAAAGCUCUGACGUGUUUAAAAUGGAUCAAUGAUUACUGUAUACAUGCGAAAUAUGUCAUCAAAGCCGAUGACAGUAUAUUUGUCAAUAUUUUUAAAGUAGUUGAACAUAUUCUGCCAAUGUUAUCGUCUAAACAUACAACAGUUGCGUGUCAUUUCAAGAAAAAAGGAACAAGUGUGAUUGUUAGAGAUCAAAAGAGUAUAUGGUUCGUGUCAAAUGACGUGUUUCCUGGUCAGAAACACUUUCCAGAUUUCUGCACUGGAUAUGCGGUGAUUUUCACAAGUGACGUCAUACCGAAGCUGUACGAGGCAUCCUUCAGGGCUCCGUUUAUCCCCAUCGAUGACGUCUACAUAUUCGGUGUCUUGCCACAGUUUUUUAAAUCCUUACAAUACAUUGACAUAAAGCAAAACUGUACUCUAAAUAAGGAAGUAGCGCUGAAACAAUACCAACAUUCAACGUCAGAGAUCACGUAUGUUGUGGCAAACGCCUGGGAAGAUGGCAACAUGCACGCCUAUUGGCUUGCGGCGAUAUCCAAACUGUCAUCGUGGGCUUCCAGACAAUCCAGGUUAACAAACCUGAGGCAAAACAAGUGUCAAACUAUCGUGUGUUAAAGGAAUAACCUUAUAAAAUCAACCAAACUGUUAAAAGAAAAAAACACGAUGGCAAAUUGAUCACACGAUGAGAACUUUGGAAGGAUACUUGGUCAAUUACUCAUAAAGUCUCCAGUAGCGAAAGG